CACGUGGAGAAGAUCGAGUAGGCCGGCAAGGAGAGAACUAUGGCCAAUGCUGCGGCCGCCUCACGCCGGAGCAUGGGGGAGAGGUGGGGCCUCGCCGGCACCACGGCGCUCGUCACCGGCGGCAGCAAAGGGAUCGGGCAUGCGAUUGUGGAGGAGCUGGCCGGGCUCGGCGCGAGGGUGCACACGUGCUCCCGGAACGCGGCGGAGCUGGAGGAGUGCCGUCGGCGGUGGGAGGACCUGAACCUCUGCGUCACCGUCUCCGUCUGCGACGUCUCCGUGCGCGCCGAGAGGGAGAAGCUCAUGGACACGGUGAAGCGAGCCUUCGGCGGCAAGCUGGACGUCCUGGUGAACAACGCGGCGCAGUCGAUGGUGAAGCCGGCAACGGAGUGCACCGGCGAGGACUACGCGCGGGUGAUGGCCACCAACCUCGAAUCGUGCUUCCACCUCGCCCAGCUCGCGCAUCCGCUGCUGCUCUCUGGCCGCGGCAGAGGUGGCGGCUGCGGCGGAGGAAGCGUCGUCCACAUCUCCUCCAUCGCCGGGUUCGUGGGCUUCCCGGGCCUCACCGUCUACUCCAUGACGAAAGGGGCCAUGAACCAGCUCACCCGCAGCCUCGCCGCCGAGUGGGCCGGCGACGGCAUACGGGUCAACUGUGUCGCGCCCGGCGGCAUCAACACCGACAUCGCCAAAAACGUGCAGGAGACGAUGGACCCGGAGAUGGUGAGCAGCCAGGCGGCGAGGGUGCCGAUGGGGCGGCUGGGCGAGACGGCGGAGGUGGCUUCGGUGGUAGCAUUUCUCUGCAUGCCGGGGGCCUCCUAUAUCACCGGCCAAGUCCUCUGCGUCGACGGUGGAUGCACCAUUGCUUGAUUCUUGCUACGCCACCAUAUAGCUUGAUUCUUGCUACGUCUGUGCACCUAUCGAGUCCGUUUAAUCUACGACACCCUGCGGGCUAGCUAAGCCAUUUGCAUACGUGGUGAUAUAUGCCUCAUUUCUUCCUCCGUAUCAGUUGAUGUGUACGUGACUACGUACGUAUUAAGGUUAUCCGUGAAUAAUAUGUCUUCUAAGGAUC